CGUCGGGACUUAAGCUCCGGUUUGCAUCUCGUUUUAUUUUCCCCACGGGGCUUUAAAAUCGCUGAUCGACCGGCGGCUGGCUCGCAGUUUGCGUUCUCAGCUUCGCGUUAACGGACGUUGGACCAACUACCAAGACUCCAAAGUGCACAAAUAAAAUCCACAAAAAUAUAUACCCAUCCUCGUUGUGUGGUACAAUCUUAUAAGCUUAAAACCUUUAACUAAGCUGCUCAGUUGUGAUAUUAAAUAGCCGCAAUGCUGAGAUCCGUGUGCCUUAUUCUUGUGCUGCAGACCCUUUGGUUGGUUCAGGCUGAGACUCCCGCCUAUAUCAAACAGUGCCGUCGAGAUGACCCAAAGCUGGUGGACUGCUUUAUUGGGGCCAUUGAACACCUGAAGCCCUAUCUGGCCGAAGGCAUUCCUGCAAUCCAGCUUCCCUCUGUGGAACCCUUCAAGAUGGACACCCUGGCUCUGCAAUUGACCGAAGGACCCCAGGGCUAUAAGAUUACCCUUAAAAAUAUGGAGGCCUUUGGAGCCAGCAACUUCCAGGUCAAGUCCUUGAAACUGAGCGAAGGUAGCGAGCCCUUCAAGGCCAAGAUUGUGAUGCCCAAGCUGAAGAUUGAGGCCAAGUAUACCAGUUCGGGUGUCCUUCUGAUCCUGCCGGCUUCCGGGGGCGGAGACUUCCAUGCCGUGUUCGAAGGAGUGAGCGCUGACCUCACCGGAAAGACAUCCGUGCACGCGGCCAAGGGUGGAAACUACCUGCACAUCGAUGGCCUCAGUUUGGUCCUGGAUGUGAAGGAUGUCAAAAUGAGCAUUUCAGGAGCCUUCAAUAACAAUCGCAUUCUGCUCGAGGCCACGAAUCUGUUCCUGCGCGAAAACUCACAAAUCGUUCUGGAGGCCAUGCAGGCCCAGUUGCAGAAGAAGUUGGCCAGUGAGUUCGGCAAACUCGCCAACCAGCUCCUCAAGAACGUUCCUAUCGAGCAAUUCUACGUCGAUUAGGCUUAGACUCCUCAGUUGCUAGUGAAUAAGCCUAAUUUAAGGUCUAUUUAAUUGUUUUCGUUAAUACAAGUAUUAAAGUGCUAUGUGGAUAAAAAUUUA